CGGAUUGAGGCCGCGGAUCUCAACGGGGCCAACCGCCGCACGCUGCUGUCGCCAGUGCAGCACCCCUACGGCCUCACCCUCCUGGACUCUUACAUCUACUGGACUGACUGGCAAACCCGCAGCAUUCACAGGGCCGACAAGGACACUGGUGCCAAUGUCAUCUUGGUGAGAGCAAAUCUGCCUGGCCUCAUGGACAUUCAAGCUGUUGAUAGGGCACGGCCCCUGGGCUUCAAUAAAUGUGGAGUUCGUAAUGGUGGCUGCUCCCACCUUUGCUUGCCUCACCCCACUGGCUUCUCCUGUGCCUGCCCCACUGGUAUCCAGCUGAAGAGAGAUGAGCAGACAUGUGAGUCUUCUCCAGAGACCUACCUACUUUUCUCUAGCCGUGCCUCCAUCCGUCGUAUCUCGCUGGACACCAGUGACCACACAGAUGUGCAUAUACCUGUCCCCGAGCUGAACAACGUCAUUUCUCUGGACUAUGACAGUGUGGAUGGCAAGAUAUACUACACAGAUGUAUUUCUUGAUGUCAUCAGGCGGUCUGAUCUCAACGGCAGCAACAUGGAGACUGUUAUUGGUCAGGGUCUGAAGACCACAGAUGGCCUGGCAGUGGACUGGGUUGCCAGAAACCUCUACUGGACAGACACAGGACGCAAUACCAUAGAAGUAGCUAGGCUGGAUGGAAGCUCCAGGAAAGUGCUGGUCAACAACAGCCUGGAUGAGCCCCGAGCUAUUGCUGUCUUUCCUAAGAAGGGGUACCUCUUCUGGACAGAUUGGGGUCACAUUGCUAAAAUUGAGCGGGCAAACUUGGAUGGCUCCGAACGUAAAAUCCUGAUUAACACUGACCUAGGGUGGCCCAAUGGAUUGACUCUGGAUUAUGACACCAGGAGGAUUUACUGGGUGGAUGCACACCUCGACCGCAUAGAGAGCUGUGAUCUCAAUGGGAAGCUACGGCAAGUGUUGGUCAGCCAGGUGUCCCAUCCCUUUGCUCUGACACAGCAGGACAGGUGGAUAUACUGGACUGACUGGCAGACCAAAUCUAUCCAGAGAGUGGACAAAUACUCUGGGAGGAACAAGGAGACAGUCCUAGCCAAUGUGGAGGGGCUGAUGGAUAUCAUUGUGGUUUCCCCUCAGAGACAGACAGGUACUAAUGCUUGUGGAGUGAACAAUGGAGGCUGCACUCACCUCUGCUUUGCCAGGGCUUCCGACUUCGUCUGCGCCUGUCCGGAUGAACCAGAUGGACGGCCCUGUUCUACUAUCCCUGGUGUGGUGCCCCUUGGUCCUGAACCCACCAGUCCAGGUGAGAGAAGUCAGACACCACCUGGCAGAAUGGAUACCUCGACCACCAAACCUCUUACACCUCUGGAAGCAGUGGAAGGAAACUGCUCUGACAAAGAUGCCAGGAGAGGGUUGUGCACCCAUGCCAGUGAGGCAGUGUUGGCAACCAUGGGAGAAGGACUGCACGUCAGCUACAUUAUUGGAGGUCUUCUCAGCAUCUUGUUUAUUUUGCUGCUGAUUGCUGCUUUAAUUAUAUAUAGGCAUAAUAAGUCCAAGUUCACAGAGCCUGGCUUGGCAAACCUCACCUACAGUAAUCCUUCCUAUCGGACAUCUACCCAGGAGGUGAAGAUUGAAGCAAUGCCCAAACCAACCAUGUACAACCAGCUGUGCUAUAAGAAAGAGACUGGUCCUGACCACAGCUACACCAAGGAGAAGAUUAAGAUUGUGGAGGGGAUAUGCCUUUUAUCCGGUGACGAGGCGGAGUGGGACGACCUGAAGCAGAUCCGGAGCUCCCGAGGAGGGCUCCUGAGGGACCACGUCUGCAUGAAGACAGACACAGUCUCUCUGCAGGCCAGUUCUGGCUCACUGGACGACACCGAAACUGAGCAGCUGCUGCAGGAGGAACAGUCUGAAUGCAGCAGUGUCAACACAGCAGCGGCCACUCCCGAGCGGCGUGGCUCACUCCCGGACACGGGCUGGAAACACCAGCGCAAGCCCUCCACGGAGAGCCAGGUCUAAAGGACACACGACUUUGGAAAUGCUCCUACCCUCCCCAGCCUCUGCUCUGCACAACAAAAAAAAAAGACAGGACUCUGCCUGCUAGGCAAGAAGGGCACGGGGACGAGCCCCUCUUGUGAGGGACCCAGAGACUGACUGCCUUUCAGCAAGGAGCUUGGGGCAGCGGUUGUGGUUGGAGAGGGAGGAUGGGUGGCUUGGAACCCUGAUACCCUUUUGGUUCAUUUUCACUGUCUGUGGUUUAUUUAUAUGUUCCCUUUUCCUGGAAGCUGCCACAUUAACUUUUGCAGUGACUCCUCU